UUAUCUUUCAAUCACGUCACGUCAUAUUGACCCGCAGGGCAUGGCCCAUUUCUCUAAGGGCCCAUUUAGUCGUACCUUAACUCGAUUAGUAACUUAUUUCAUGCCGAAUGAAAAGGAGAGACUGAUGUUUAAUUUAGUUUUAAGUUUAGAGAAUCACACCGGAUUUGGCACCAUUAUAGGAUUUCUUAUUUAUUAUUCUGUCAGCAGGUUGUCCUUAUCAAACUUUGUAGCGAGUGAAAAGGAGAGACUGUUAGUGUUAGACUGUCUACAUCUUGUAUUGUUUACUUCUAUUAAAGAACACCCUUUUGCCGAUGGAAUUAAUACUGAUUCUGUUACAAAAAUACAUACUGCUUUGAAAUUUGACUACCGAAAACCUGCCGAUAUCGAAAUCACUCUCAAAAUUCCUCGUAAAACUCGUAAUAAUGGAACAUUAUAUAUGCAUGCAGCAUUGUUAGAUGACAGCCGCUUAUACAAAGACUUCGAUGAAAUCUAUCGUACAGAAUCUGUACAUACACUACCUUUAGUUGUACAUGCAGAACCUCAAGCUGAGACAUUUAACCUUCUUCAGAAAAAUACAGAGGUGAAGAAAAUUAAAGAAAAAAACAUUCAGCCAUUUGCUCAUUUGACAAAAGUGGCCCCAUUGUCCAUUUUGACUGAUGAUUUGAAUCUCCCAGCUAAGAAGAUUCCGGCAGAAUUAUAUCCGUACAUUAGAGUAAGGAGUGGAAAGUUUUUACCAAUAGUUCAACAAAAUGUACUUAAAUUUCGAAUGUCAAGUCUCCAGCUUUUAAACAGUUCGACUACAGAAGCUAAUAUAACAGUAUCUUUGUCACCCACAUCAUAUGGUUCAUUAAGAUUAGCUUUACAUGUACGUUUGGCUUUGGAACAACUUCAAAGUCUUGGAUUCAGCAAACAGGAUGUGGAUGAUGUCAAAGGAAUUUUUGCAGACACAAAUCUUUACCUUUUAUCAGCAACAGUCUGUAUAGCCAGUUGCCAUCUCUUGUUUGAUUUUCUGGCAUUCAAAAAUGAUGUGUCGUUUUGGCGUCGCAAACGAUCACUGGCGGGCCUGUCGGCGCGCACAGUUUUCUGGCGUGCUUUCUCUCAAUUUGUCAUAUUCUUCUAUCUAUUGGAUGAGAGGACAUCCAUGUUGGUCCUGGUACCAGCAGGAAUAAGUCUUCUGAUUGAGCUAUGGAAAGUGACAAAAGUGUUGCACUUGCGCAUAUCUUUCGCGGGUUGGAGGCUGCGCGUUUGGCGCGACCAGACCGCGGAUGCCGGCGAGCGCAGCACCGCGCAGGCGGACGCGGAGGCGAUGCGAUAUCUGAGCAUGUUGCUAUAUCCGCUCUGCAUCGCCGGAGCGGUGUACUCGCUGAUCUACGAGCCGCAUAAAAGCUGGUAUUCGUGGGCGUUGCACUCCGUAGUGAACGGUGUCUACGCCUUCGGCUUCCUGUUCAUGCUGCCGCAGUUGUUCGUGAACUAUCGAUUGCGUUCCGUGGCGGCGCUUCCUUGGCGUGCGUUCAUGUACAAGGCGUUCAAUACCUUCAUCGACGAUGUGUUCGCGUUCAUCAUCACCAUGCCGACAGCUCACAGGGUCGCCUGCUUCCGGGACGAUUUGGUGUUCUUGGUCUACUUGUACCAACGAUGGUUAUACCCGGUUGACAAGUCCCGAACAGACACAGCUGCCAGUAUGGACGAGAACCCUGACGAGCUGGAACCUGUUAAAGAAAAAGCGGAGUGA